GGGGGAGAAAUGGAGCGGGAGUUGGAUUUGCGCAAUCGGGUGUUACUGAUGACCGGGUCGGUGUGAUUGGUCACCUCUGCGUAUGAGAGGAUGCCCGUCAGCCCACAAGGUUGUGUGCUUUUAAAGUGCUGCGGGCAGAGGGCACGGCGUUCAGACACACACACAACACACACAUACACACACAGAUCAACCACAGGGGGGCUGGCAGAAACGAUCAGAACAGGACCGAACCCAGCAAACCCGGACAGGAAUUAAGAGAGAAAGAGGAGAGAGGACACACAGAGAGGAGUCAUGACUCUGCCCAUCGUGCGACAACUUUUUCUUCUAUGUUUAUUCUGGUUUCUCGGACCUUGGAACACAACAGAUGCCAGUCCUUUCGAUCAGUGGGAAGACGGGAUAGAAUUAAGAAAGGUGCGAGGCAUCCGAAGUGAGGAUUUGAGUGACGUUUUGUGGGGAGACCAGAAUGAGGAACAAGUCCAGAAUGUUUUCAAAAGAUUCCUGUUUCAUUACUCCAAAGCACGCAACUCUGUUGGAGCUGUACAGCAUGAGUCUCACUCAGUUCAUCCUUUGAUGCGACUUUCCCCGAAGCUUUCCCAGAGGAGAAAUAAGAAGGUGGUACUUUUGAAGAUCCGAGGUCUGCCGGAGGGGAUGUUGUAGAAGAAAAAUGUGCGAGAAAAAACAAAAAAAGGAAAAUCGGACUCAGUGGACGAGCAGCAGCAGGCAGCUGACGGGUGGAGCGACGCACAGCAGCGUCUAUAGAUAGAAACACUUUAUAUUAACAAAAUAAAUUAUUGUACAGAUGGAAAAAAAAGCAGAACUGCACUGCCAUGGCUGCCAUGUUUCUUCCUGCUUCCAGAUGUCAAUUGGUGUGAGUCAGUGUGAACCAUUCAAACUGUUACACAAGACAUGGGUGUCACAGAAUAAUAAGAAAACACUCAGAACGAUCUCUUAAAGUUCUUUAUAACCAACAGUUGACCCAGGUUAUUAAAAACAUGAGAACUUAAGAAAAAAACUGGCACCUUAUGUGGCAAAGAGGUGAACUCACAUUUAAUUUAACAGAUUUAAACGUACAUUUUGUGACAUCAUUAUCAUGAGACGUAAUAAAAAAGUUAAAAUUUG